CUCGACGUCAUCUCAGGGCUUUAUGAUUUCAAUUGAGUGAUCAGCGCGUCAUGGACAAAAAUUAUGGUGAAAGGCAUGGAAAUCUAGGUAAGAGUCGUUGGCAGCAUUCCCUCUACUAAAGGCUUCAUUCGUAUUCACAGCCUCGUUCGUAUCCAUUCAAUCUGGCUGCCAAAACAGCGCAACGCCUUGCCCGCAUCGUGUCCACCAUGUCUCAUCCUACCGCGACGACAACUGCGCCAUGGAAACAAAAAUUCCAGCAGCACCUUGAAAAGGCCGGCGGGCCACAAGGAUCAGGCGCAGAGUUCUAUUUAGCGACUGUCAAUGCGGGAGGCUUGCCUAAAGUCCGAACGUGUAUCUUCCGCGGCUUCUGGGCCACAUUGCCUGAGAACGAACACAACAAACUCUCCAAGAACCCUGAGAUUUACGAGUCCGAUUGUCCUACAUUUACCACUGAUUGUCGAAUGAGCAAGACCUAUGAUAUCUUCGCGACUGGAAAGGGCAAAGGAAGUCUGGAACAGUCUCGAUCGGGGACUGGCGGGGGCGGUCCGAUUGAAGCAGUCUACUGGAUCAAGGAUACAAACACUCAAUGGCGCAUUAGCGGCAAAUGCUGGAUCAUUGCAGCUGACGACAUUGAGGGCGGAGAAGAAGCCCAAAACUCUGGGACCGUGACUGUCAAGGCAGAGGUCGGAAGGUAUAUGCGGACAAAGGGAGAUCACGCCGAGAAGGACAAAGAAUGGUCGUGGAAACUGGAGACGGAAAACUACUUUGAGAACUUGUCGCCCGGGAUGCGAGGGACCUUCAAGAACCCGCCUCCUGGUCAACCUGUAGACGAAGGUAAAGAUGAAAAAGCAGGAGAAGGUCUCGGACAGAAAGCAGGACAUUUGUCCGAAGAGACGUUGGCCAGGAAGAAUUUUCGAGUCUGUGUGAUAACGCCCGAGCAGGUCGAAGCUGUCGACCUAACCGAUCCUGCGAAGGCGACGCGGCAGAUCUGGACUUUAGCUGAAGAAGCGGGAGGCCCAGGUGGUAGGAAGCCAGCCGAACCUGUAGGUGAGUGGAAUCACAUCGAGACGUGGCCAUAGAGCACAGGUGUAGGAAUAAACAGUCAAUCGAUCAGAGAACAAGAUCCGUAACCAUAUCAUAAUUCGUUAUCGAGGCGAAGACAGCAAACGCUUGCAAAAUUUACAGCAAGGGACUUUUCACCCCGGGUAUCUCGAUACAGCUCAAUGCAAGU